CUUACACCUCGGUUUAGACUUCAACACAGUACUUUGGGAAUUCCCGUUGUACACAAUAACCAAAUAUUAGUUUGCAGUGCGUUUCAUAUUCGGCAUAUAAAUACAGGUGUUCAGUCAACUAGUGUGGUCUUGCUGUACAUAAUGUCACCAUAACCGUUUUGCUGACCGUGUAACCGUUUAGUGCCUUCACGACAGUCCCUUUACAACUGGACACAUUAAAGGCUAUUAUGGCUGCAUUUAACCAGCCACAGAAAACAUCUGUAUUCGUUCGCGCUCCCCCAAUCGGAUCUGAUGCGCAGCAGUCCGCAUUCCGUGACACAUUAUGGAUCUAUUUCCAGAAGAAACGAGUGAGCAACGACAGCGACGUACAGGAUGUGUGUGUCCUGUCCUCUGACGAUGAGGCACUAUGGCUGAAGGUUACUUUCAACGGGCCGUCUGGCGUUAAUGCCGUUUUAGCUAAAGAACACCACGAGCUGAUUUGGGGGAAAGAAACUCUUCCUCUUCAAGUUCAGUCGUUCUUCCCAGGUUCAGGGUUCGCAGCACCACCCGUAGAAUCUGAUUUAGAUAUUGAGAUUCUAAAUUGGGACGAUGAAUUUGGCGCAAGUACAGGCGGGGCUUGGCGUGCUGAAAGUAUAUCUGAUCGCUCCCUAUCAUCUCGGCACGAGGGCAACCCCUUUGGCAGGUCAGCCGGCUGGAGGUCGCAUCAGGCCAGCUGCUAUGAGAAAUCGACACAUACACCUCAUCACGCUCGAGACCCCUUUGAGCCAUGUUUAGCGAAUUCUCCAGCACCUUCACCCAUGGCGCCUGUUACUGCGUCUCCAUCUACGGCACCUUUGAAGGCUCCUGGCCAUCUUGAUGGAAACUCCGCAAGGGACAAGAGUGCACCUUCUGCUCUUCAGAUGGGUCUACGUGAAAGGGUUCCAGGCACCGCUGUUCGUACAACUCUUACCCGUGAACACAAACCCGUUCCCGCAGAAGAGGAGGGGAAACGGGAUAACCAAGGCCAGGAAGAGGAGUGCGUUCAUAUAGUUGAAGUGACCAGUUUCAAAUCCACAACAUCGGAGGAAAUGCUGCGGCUGUAUUUUGAGAGUCCGCGUAAAUCUAAAGGCGGUGAAAUAGAAACGUGGGAGAUGGACGCCGAAACCGGGACCAUCCGAAUUAAAUACAGCAACCCAUCAGUUGCAAGAGCGGUGGCGGGGAAAACUCACAAGCUCGGAGGCGUAAAACUGUCGGUGAGCCUGUUUGUCAAGAGAAAAACCCGCCCUCGUCCAGUCAAGAAGCAAUGCUUGGUUCUCAGAGGGAUCCCGGAUGGGUGCCCUAUGGAGCAUGUGGAGCUUUACCUGGAGAACUGCUCUGGUAUGGAUGAGCCAAUUGUCAAGUACGGGGAGAAACCUGGAACAGCAUUGUGUACAUUUGCACAAGACAUCCCAGACUUGCAGAAAGUCAUACGGAAGGUUUGCUCAAAGAAGCUACAGAAAGCCCGGGUGACAGCUGAAGUGGUGCACGAGUCUGACUGUAUCCUGGUGCAAGGAUUGACAGACAAAAUGUCUUUGGAGUUUAUCGAGCUGUAUUUUGACAACAAAAAGAAGAGUGGUGGCGGUGGUGUGAGAGAAGUAUUGAUAGGAAGUGCAGAAGACCAGGCAAUUGUGUACUUUGAGGACUGGAAAGUUGUUGCUGAUGUAUUGUCCAAGAAAGGACCUCACAAGGUGGGCAGCGCUGAAGUGUCGGUUGAAGAAUACCAUGACUGCUUGGGACGACUGAGUGAAUUAGAUGUUCCAACGCCACACACCCCUAAGCCAAUAUCUGUGCAGGUACCUCAGGACAUCAUGGAAUUCAUCUUUGGAGCGAAGGGCAAACACACAAAAAAGAAGUUGGUGGUAGAGUUGAAGCAGGUAAGAGCCCUCCUACACUGGCCCGAUGGUGACAAGAAAACGGCCGCCAGACUCGAACCCAUACCGGAGGACGGACAGCGUCAGUAUUCUUGGCUUAACUGGUCUCAACGGUGCGACGAGGUUUUGACAGGCUUUCUGAAUAGAUGCAAAUCAACUGCAGUUGAUGUCCCGAGUUCGUUGUGGAAGGAAGCAAGUACCAAACUGGCAAAGGUCAAGGCCACUCAUAUCUGCUCAGACCUGGAUGACCAGACUCACUCCGUACAACUGGUGGGGGAGCAACAAGAUGUAAACGCAGCGGCAGCUGACAUCAUGGUUCUCAUCAAGGAGUUGCAAGCAAAGGCUGAUAGUGAUGCCCAGCCAACAAAGGAGGAGAUCGUCAUGCCACCAAAUGAGCUUAAGAUUUUCACACAAUGCGGUAUUCACCGUAAGAUGGAACAGAUGUUCCCAGACCUGAAAAUCACCAUCGCAUCUUUUCAAGGGCAAAUGGGGCUGAUCCUGGAAGGAACGAGGAAGAAUGUCGUGGAAGCAGAGUUAUGGAUGAGGAGACAAAUGGAUGGACUGAACAGAAUGGAGUUUCAGACGGGAAGAGGCAAAACGGCGAUCAUUCGCGAUGUUUCCGACAAAAUACACGAGAUAUUUAGGUCAAAGGAUAUCAACGUUGCUUGCACCAUUUCUGCAGAUGGCAAAAUCAUGAUAUAUGGGUCCAGCGAAAAGGAUACAUCUCAGGCAAAAAUGUAUAUUGAUCAGGAAAUAGAAGAGGAUGUGAUCCGUAUCAACGGGCCUGCUGUGAUAGCUGUUCUGAAAAGCCAAGAUGGAAGCCAGUUAGUCGCAGGCAUCAACAAAAAUGUAUUUGUCAAGGCUGACAUCAAUUAUCAUUCGGGAAAUAUAGAGCUCGCUGGAUUCCGACACGAGUUGAAAGGAACCAAAAAGCACAUUCUGGCAUUCUUGAAGGAUACUGUCAAAGUAAAGGGUACCAUCCGCACUAACAGAAGCAAGGUUCGUAUGAUCAACACAUAUAACGGCCAGGAACUGACUGAUUUUAUGGCCAAACACCAGAGAGACCAAGUCAUCAUCCAGCCACAAAUGAGUGGACACAACGUGGGGUUUCUUGUCGAGGGAAACGAAGAAGGCAUGGAUGCUGCCAGUCAGUUCAUCAGCCAGCUUGUGGCUGGAAUCAAGGAGAAACCAUAUCCUGUCUCAAAGAUCGCGAUGGUUCAGCUCUUCCGUGAAACCGAAGGAAAGAAGUUUCUCGAAUCCAUCGAGAGGGAGCUCGAGUGUGUGAUCGACGUGAUUGGAGAAAAUGAAAACGACGACGAGCAAUCAGAAGGUGCACGUGGAAUCUGGGGGCCUGAUGAUGAACCUGUUGCAGUACCAACAAAAUUUACCUAUUUUGGGCCAAACAUCGUGACAACAAAUGAAGGCAUCUAUGUUACCCUGAAGAAAGGGAGCAUCACUGACGAAAAGGCUGAUGUGAUUGUGAACACAGCGGGCAGUGACUUGAAUCUUGAUUUCGGUCUUGUGUCUCGGGCAAUACUGCAAGCUGCGGGGGAUGCUCUCCAACAAGAAUGUGACAAGGCAAUUGCAGUCCGUGGCAAGGUACCCUCGGGUUCCUUCGUAGAAACUGGGGCAGGCAAAAUGACCAACUGCAAGAAAAUCUUUCAUUGUGUCAUCGCCCGAUAUCACUCGAAUGCAUCUGAAAAGUCUUUGGGUACCCUUGUUGAUAGUUUACUGCAGCAAGCCGACAUCAUAAAAGCGUGUUCCCUGGCAAUACCAGCCCUGGGCACGGGCAGCCUGGAUUACCCAGCUGACGUCACUGCUCGGGUCAUGUACGAAGCUGUGGCAGCAUUCAGCAGCAAGCACCCCACCGGUGUUCUGAAAGACAUUCGAUUCGUGGUGUACGACAAGGAUGUGAAAACUAUUAAGGGCUUCGAGGCUGAAAUCGAACGCCUGACAAAUGUGGCUUCUGGAGGAGCUGCACCAGCCUUCACUCGAAGGAAAUUGAGAAAAUCAAUCUUGACAUCAGCUGCCGCACACCGACACUCUUACUCGCAGACGCAAAAAGACAUGGAUGGGACGUUGCAUUCGAAAAUCGGUGAAAAUCCAGUGCGUCUGCAAAUCUGCCAGGGGGAUCUCGUGAAAGAAAAAGGCAGUGCCAUCGUGAACAUUGUGGGAGAGAAGUUGGAUCUGCAAGGUUCUUUGUCUGGCGCACUUCUGGCUAAAGGUGGAAAGACAAUUCGGAAACAAUGCGAUGUUCUCCGUAAAAAAAAUCCAACGAAGUUGGUGUAUGUCACAAAGGCCGGGAAAUUGCAAUGCGACUUCAUUUUCCAUGUAAUCACUCCCAAGACCACCGAGGAGAUUAAGAUUAUAGUGACCAAGACUCUCCUGGAAGCAGAAGGAAAACAAGUCCAAUCCAUCUCCUUCCCCGCGCUCGGAACAGGCCAACAAGGAAGAAUAGCAGUUUGUCCUUCGGCCAGCGCCAUGUUGGCCGCCAUUGGAGAGUUCGUAUGUCGAGAGAAGCCUCGUCACACGCUCCUCGUUCGCCUUGUCAUCUUCAAACCAGAAAUGCUGCCUGACUUCGAGACUGCUUUGAGACAAGCAGAGGGUCGCUCGUAUAAGAAGCAAGCUAGUUUGCUCUCCAGAAGCUCAGGUCGGGCGAAAUCUUUCCUGCCUGGGGCCGCUGCUGAGACCCAACAAGAAACAAUCCCUCUUCACAUCUUUGCCAUGAAUGACGCCACCAUACAGAGAGCAACAGACAAGAUCGAUAGAUAUCAAGACGAGGAGUUCACAUCGGAGGAUAUGCCCGAUUCCCUUGGAAUAAUUGCGAAAAUGAACGAAGAGCACCAUGAUGAACUCCGAAACAUUGAACGGGAGUACAAUGUGCACAUAGAAUAUUUUAAAGGUCAUGCCAAGUUCCUCCGUGUACAGGGCCGUACAAUCAAUGUGAAAGAUGCGAUAUUCAGCAUUCAGGAGUGGUUCACGAGAAUGCAGGUCCAGGAGACGGACAAACAACGAAGUGAACAUCUGACAAAAGAAGUGCUGUGGCAGUACAACACCCCGACUGGUGUGGAAGACUAUGAAGCCGACAUCAAUGCCAUCAUAGAGGACGCCUACCAAAGGAAACAGCCGUCGGUUGUCCUCGAUCUGGAAGACGGGUGGUUUACCAUUGACUUUCGUAAAAUGGAGGAACAGUCAACGGCCGGUGCUUUCAGCGUAAAUCGUGUUGACCUUCAGCAAGAUGCUACAUUACCGACCAGCUGGAUACCCAUGAGAAAGGGCGAGCACUUCCAGCUAGUGAAACUAGCUGUGGGAUCCAAGGAAUACACGGAUGUCGAAAAACGAUUCCGAUCCUCCAUGGGUCCCAAGGCCCCAGUCAACCAAAUCGACGAGAUACUGCGAAUCCAGAAUAAAGAUCUGAUGAUGAUAUAUCAGGCGCGCAAGGCAGCGAUGGAGGCUCGUCUUGAUCGUACCGACAUUGAAAAGACGUUGUACCAUGGGACCGACGAGCAAACGUGUGACAAGAUCAACAGGUUUGGAUUCGACCGCGGCUUCAGCGGUAAAAAUGCAACCGUGCACGGCAACGGGACCUAUUUCGCGGCCGAAGCUAGCUUCUCGGCCAGAUCUUUCUACGCUGAACCGAACGCAAGCAACACAAAGCACAUCUACGCCACCAAAGUCCUAGUGGGAGAUUUUACCACUGGUGCCAAGGGUAUGGUGAUGCCUCCGAAUAAACCAAACAACUCAGAUCAGCUAUACGACAGUGUGGUGGACAACGUGGGCAAGCCCAGCAUAUACGUCAUCUUUAACGAUGCCCAGGCUUAUCCGGAACACCUCAUCAAAUACAAGUAGAAGGAACUUAAGACAGCCGACAGAAAUUCUUUUGCAUUUUCGAUAGAAUUAGGAGAGAAAAUGUCAGACGAUUGGUGUCAGACGAUUGAUUUACGUGUGUAGACCUGUAAAUUGACUCCCGUAGACUUCCGAAAAUUAUUACAAAUACUCACAAUUCUCCAAGGUGUUUAAGACACCCAUCAAAUUAAAGCUUCUUUCAUAAUCUUUCAAUUUUUUCAAUCAUCCCAUGACUUAUGGGAUAAAAUUCCAUCCAAAGAUGAUCACCCCGAAAACUAGUCCUCUGGUCCAUCGCCAUUUUGAGAUAAAGAUGCCUGUGAUCCAUUGCACAAUAAGACAAUUUUAUUUAGGGCCCUUGAAUUUCAUGUGAAUUUCACAGAAAUACAAGCUCACACUACUGUGCAUGGCUAAUUCCAACCAUCUUUUUUUCUUCCAACGUUCAAGUUCAUGGCCCACAAAAUGCUAAUAUCAAACAAUUUGAGGGCAUACAAGUUGUGAUUUGGCCCGCGUAGGCAAUUCUGGGCCCGUAAAUUAACAUGUCUACACCCUUACCAGAUCCUCUAAUACUCAGUUGGCACAGGUCUCCCUCACGAGUUAUGAAUUUUACGGGUGAAAGCAUCACUUAAAAGUGUUGUCAGACUUCUAACCGUUAUUCACUUAUUGGCAAGGUAUGUUCAAAACUAAGACCAACUUCUUACCGUACAACGUCAGGUUUGGUAAGGUUAUCAAUGAAGUAAUCUGUCAGAUAUAAUGUUCGUGUCCUAAUCUUGAAAUAUUGAUAUUUCGGUCUAUAUUCCCACGGAAUAAUUAUUCAGAUACAAAUAAAUGUAAUUAAACACAAAAUGUAGCAAGAUGACGCCAUACAAACCACUGUUCCAAACAUAUGUCUCUAAGAAUGGGAAAGCAGUCUUAUGAUUACACGUACUACUCUUAAAUGCAUUUACAUUGGAACUUCGGGUUACGUUACCUUUGGGUUACGUUACCUUGGUAAAAAUUACCAAAAAUGUAUAUCAAGUUAUGAUUUGUCUGCUCACAAAUAUUUGAAGGCUGUGCGUCAUUUGAUUGAGGAGAGAUGUUGUAAAAUAUUCAAUUUAAGGCCACUGUAUUCCAGAUGACGACAUCAUUACGUCACUGUGAAUUGGCAUGAAUAAUUGUCUGAGCUACUGGCCCUUAAAAAGUUCAUGAGGGUCUCGUGAGUGCAAGUCUGAAUUAUGUGAUGGCUUGAUUUUGACCAUCCGGUGACCACAAAAGGAAAGGUCUAAUAAAAAAAAUCUUAAUUUUAAUUGAUAAUCAUUGUCUGUGUAUAUAUGUGACGAUAUUUUCACGCUUGAUAUGUUAGUAUUGAAGUGACACUAAUACGUUAAUGGAAUUUGCUUAACUAUUAUCAUUAGUGACUGCUUAAAUGGCCUUGAAUGGAAAAGAAACUGAUUUCCAGUGUCCUAGUCAUUUUGUGUUUAGAAUGUGUAUACUUAGUAUAUAGAGAUUUAAUUUGCCGACAUCCUAAGAUAGUCGAGUAUAAUUACAUGUAAACAUUAUUCGUAUUUAAACAAUAAAUUCGUCAAUCUAACCCUAUUUUUAAAAAAUAAUUCAUGGGUUAAGGGUAGGCCUUCAGUUAGUUAAUAUUAUAUUUCAAUUGUUUUUGGUGGGAUCGAAUUGUAUGUUUUGUGCUUCAAGUUGACUUUCCUUUGACAUGAAAUUAUUUGCCAAUUUGGUUUAGGCCAAAUUUGUUAACCACAAUAGAGGACCUAUUGUUACUAAUUUAAAAAUAUAUUGGAUUGGUUUCGUUUAUACUUCUAUUGUGAAAGAAUAAAGUGUGCGAAAAAUAUGACAGGUACUUUAAAUUUAUUUUUAAGUAUUCUUCAACAUAUUCGUUGAAAGUAUCUUUGCUUUGUUUGACAAUGAAUCGGUUUUUGUAUAAUUUUUGAUUAAUUAUGAUAUACAGUACAGUAUGCUUAUAUUAAUUAUGAAUACAUGUCAUAUAAACAGAGCUAUCAGUUGUAGUCAGCCGUGUGUCUUCUCAUGCUUUUCCCAGCUGGGGAAACUGUCCUAAUAUAAUUUAAAAGACUUGUAUUGUAGAGUAGAGGGUUUUUAUGGUCGAAAUUCGGCGUCACGUUAUUAAAUAUAAAUAAACAUCAUUUGCUUUAGUUGUAAUUUUUUUUUUAGAAAUGGAUGGACUUGGUGGUUAAUAAAAUGUUGUGUUCAUAUUUGCUGAAAAUGAAAAACAAGAAAAACGCUGUAGCCUGUUCUUGUCUGGCUCCCGGACCCUACUUUCGACGAAUCACUAAUUUGUAGACGUCGGGGAAUUGUCGGGUCAAGGAACUAGACUAGCUGGCUUGCACCCAUUUACGUAACCGAUUG